CGAGGGACACUCGGCGUGCCGCGGCCGGAACGGAAGCGUCAGGGCGGCGGGUGCUCCUCGCCGAGCCGGAAGCGGAAGGGACGCGGCGACGAGGCCUCCCCCGCUCGCUAUGUCCGCCAACAACAUGUCGGACCCACGGAGGCCCAACAAAGUGCUGAGGUACAAGCCGCCGCCGAGCGAGUGCAACCCGGCCCUGGACGACCCGACGCCCGACUACAUGAACCUGCUGGGCAUGAUCUUCAGCAUGUGCGGCCUCAUGCUCAAGCUCAAGUGGUGCGCCUGGGUCGCUGUCUACUGCUCCUUCAUCAGCUUCGCCAACUCGCGCAGCUCCGAGGACACCAAGCAGAUGAUGAGCAGUUUCAUGCUCUCCAUCUCGGCCGUGGUGAUGUCAUACCUGCAGAAUCCUCAGCCCAUGACGCCCCCGUGGUGAUGGCGCCCUGGGGGGGGGUCGCAUCCUGGACCCCGUGUCUGUGUCCCCCACCCUCCUGGGCG